AUGGGCGCUUCCAAAGCCCAAGGCGUCUUUAGACGCUCCGGGACUGCUGGUUCCGAGAGCACCCUCGCCCCCGUCAAGACGUACAACACGAUCAACUCAUCAGUGACCGACUCCCUCGGCAAAACCAAGGACUGUGAUGAAGGCGAAAAGUCUGGGUCCGACAGCAUCACCACCGUCUCGCCCCUCUCUGAGGAAGAGCUUCGCGCCGCCCUCCGUGCUCUCAUCGCGGAGCAUGAGCUAGAUCAGAACUUCUGUCACGACACCCUUAACCGCGCCAGGGUUUACCUUGCCAGCCCCCCACCGGAUGAAGCCUCGUCUGGAGGCAAGGACGUCGAAUCCGGGCAGUCCAUCCUCGACGACUUCAAGGUCCAGGAGGAGCUCGCCCGCAACAACUCUGCAUACCCAGAGGUCCGCGCCGUUGUCGACCCGACCGACGACCCGACGCUGCCUGUGGGGACGUUCCGCGUCUUCAUCCUUGGUACUUUCUUUUCCGUCUUUGGCACGUCACUGCAUCAAUUCUUUUCACUGCGCCUGCCUGCCAUUCAUAUCAGCACGUAUGUCGUGCAGCUCCUCACCCUGCCCAUGGGCCUCUUCCUCGCACGUUUCCUCCCCAAGCGAGUAUGGACGCUCCGUCUUCCCGGCACGGCCAACUCGUGCAGCUUCAGCCUCAACCCCGGACCAUUCAACCAAAAGGAGCAUCUUCUCAUCGCAAUGAUGGCCAAUGUCGCCUUUGCCGGCCAUCACAACGGUGCCUAUGUCAUCUCCAUUGUCCAGGUCCUGAAGUUGCCGAUGUUCUACAGCGAAAAGAUCCUCGCCAACAGCAUCCCCUGGCAGACCAUGACCGUGCUUGCCACGCAACUUCUCGGCUAUGGCUGCGCUGGCGUGGCCCGCCGCUUCCUCGUCUAUCCACCGGCCAUGAUCUGGCCCAGAGCGCUGUCAAACAUUGCGUUGGCCAAGGCCCUCCACUCAGACAGAGGCGUCAAGUCGCUGCCGGCUGUCAACGGCUGGACCAUGACCCGGUACCGCUUCUUCAUCAUCUGCUUCUGCGGCAUGUUUCUGUGGUUCUGGAUGCCCAACUACCUGUUCCAGGGCAUUUCGCUCUUCAACUGGCCGACAUGGAUUUCGCCCGGCAGUGUCACGCUCGCCCUUAUCAUGGGCAGCACCUGCGGGCUCGGCAUCAACCCGCUCUCUUCGCUGGACUGGAACGUGGCCACGCAUCACGCCGACCCCAUCGUGACGCCGUUCUUUGCGCUCUCGAACUAUGCGACUGGCAUGGCCAUCUUUGGGUUCCUUGUCACCCCUCUCAUUUACUUCAAGAACUUCUGGAAUACAGGUUAUCUCCCCAUCAAUAGCAACAAGCCUUUCGACAACACCGGCGGCCGGUACAACAUCAGCCGCAUCAUUGACACGGAUCUCACCAUCAACGAAGGGGAGUACUAUCAGUAUAGCGUGCCGUGGCUAUCAGCGACCAAGGUCAUCUACCUGGCCGUGUACUUUUGCCUCUAUGCCUCCUUGCCAGUACACCUCGCGCUUUGGUUCCGCAAGGACAUCGCCAAGGGGUUCAAGGGCUUCUUCACGCGCAAGAAGGACCGACAGCAGCAGUACGACGACGUCCACAACCGCCUUAUGUCGGCUUACAAGGAAUGCCCGCAGUGGUGGUAUCUCGCGACGCUGGCUGUCUCCUUUACCUUUGCCGUUCUGUCCGCCCUCUUGUGGCCGACUGACAUGCCCGUGUGGGGCAUUGUUCUCGCCAUCGCCUUCACCCUGGUUCUCCAGAUUCCCCUUGGCAUGCUCCUCGCCAUCACAAACAAGGAGGUGUCGACGUCCAUCCUGGCCAUGGUCGUCGGCGGAUACGUCCUCGAGGGUCGAACCAUCCCCAACAUGAUCUUCAAGAUGUAUAGCUACAUGUCUACAUCUCAGUCGCUGCACUUCCUCGGCGACCUGAAGCUGGCGCACUAUGCCAAAAUCCCGCCACGUUGGGCUUUUGUCGGGCAGAUGUACGCAACCAUAUUGGCCUCGUUUGUCGCGCUUGGAGUGAACCACUGGCAGAUGCGCAACAUCGACGGCGUCUGCCGUGACGAUCAAAAGGAUCGCUUCUCUUGCCCCUCUACCCACUCAUACUUCCUCACCACAGUGCUGUGGGGUGUUGUCGGCCCUCGACGCCUCUUCGGCCCCGAGGGACAUUACAGGCCCAUCACCUACUUCAUCCCCAUUGGAGUCGCCCUUCCCAUCAUCACUUUUUACUUCGCGAAGCGGUGGCCCAUGUCCUUCUGGCGCUACUUUAACGCGCCCGUCUUCUUUGGUGGUGCGCUGGGUUGGGCGCCGUAUAACUGGACCUACAUCCACGGAUCCUUCAUCCUGGGCGUCGUCUUCAACUUCUUCAUCAAGAGGCGCGCCCAGGGCUGGUGGGGGCGAUACGCGUACGUCAUGUCAGGCUCGUUCCAGGCUGCCGUUGGCAUCGGAGCGCUCGUCAUGUACUUCUGCUUGCAAGCGUGGAACAUCAACGUCCACUGGAUCGGCAACUCAAUUGCCAAGCAAGGCGUCGAUUACGGCGGCUGGAGGGAUGCAGCCGGACACAAGGUCAAGUGUGCGGCCUUCAAGCUUGCUCCGGGCACCAAGUUCUCCAAUGGCUUUGAGCACCUUCAUUGA